GCCUGUCUGCCGCUCUGGCCGAGCCCGAACAUGGCUGGGAACCUGAAGAAAGGCGGGGGGAUCAUCGGAAUGAUGAAGGAUGCCUUCCAGCCACACCAUCACCACCUCCACUCCCAUCACCAGCCCGGGGCCGUGGACAAAAAGACGGUGGAGAAAUGCUGGAAACUAAUGGACAAGGUGGUGCGGCUAUGCCAAAACCCCAAACUGGCUCUGAAGAACAGCCCUCCCUACAUCCUGGACCUGCUGCCAGACACCUACCAGCACCUGCGCACCAUUUUGUCUCGUUACGAGGGCAAAAUGGAGACUUUGGGUGACAACGAGUAUUUCCGGGUCUUCAUGGAGAACCUGACAAAGAAGACCAAGCAGACCAUCAGCUUGUUCAAGGAGGGCAAGGAACGCAUGUAUGAGGAGAAUUCACAACCAAGGAGGAAUCUUACCAAGCUGUCUUUGAUCUUCAGCCACAUGCUGGCUGAGCUGAAGGCCAUCUUCCCCAAUGGUCUGUUUCAGGGUGACAACUUCCGCAUCACCAAGGCAGAUGCUGCAGAGUUUUGGAGACGCGCCUUCGGGGAUAAAACCAUUGUGCCUUGGAAGGUAUUCCGUCAGUCUCUCCAUGAGUUUCAUCCCAUCAGCUCUGGGCUGGAGGCUAUGGCCCUAAAGUCCACCAUAGAUCUAACCUGCAAUGACUACAUCUCCGUCUUUGAGUUUGACAUAUUCACCAGGCUGUUUCAGCCUUGGUCAUCCCUGCUGCGGAACUGGAACAGCUUGGCAGUUACUCACCCGGGGUACAUGGCCUUCCUCACCUACGAUGAGGUCAAAGCUCGGCUUCAAAAGUUCAUUCACAAGCCUGGCAGUUACAUCUUCCGACUGAGCUGCACAAGACUGGGCCAGUGGGCUAUUGGCUACGUGACUGCAGAUGGAAAUAUACUCCAGACCAUUCCCCAUAAUAAACCCCUCUUCCAGGCUCUCAUUGAUGGUUUCAGGGAAGGAUUCUAUUUAUUCCCUGAUGGCCGGACUCAAAAUCCUGACCUGACAGGACUGUGCGAGCCUUCGCCUCAAGACCAUAUCAAAGUCACCCAGGAACAAUAUGAGCUGUACUGUGAGAUGGGCUCCACUUUCCAGCUUUGUAAGAUCUGUGCCGAGAACGACAAGGAUGUGAAGAUUGAGCCCUGUGGUCAUCUCAUGUGCACCUCCUGUCUCACUGCCUGGCAGGAGUCAGAAGGUCAGGGAACAGGAUGUCCCUUUUGUCGCUGUGAGAUUAAGGGUACGGAGCCGAUAGUUGUGGAUCCUUUUGACCCAAAGGACAACAGCGGAGGGUCUUCCAAGAGCACAUUUGGGGCUGAGGGUGCACCCUCACCCAGCUACGACGACGAUGAUGAUGACAGACUUGAAGACCCUCAUCUAAUAAUGAGCAAACUUGCCUGCACAAAGGUGGAGCGUCCCCCAUCACCCAUGUCUGGGACUCCUCAGUCCUCUCUUCCCCCGGUGCCUCCCAGACUAGACCUAUUACCGCACAGACCUCCCAACCCCCCUGGUGCCUCCAGCCCUGGAGUCAGCAGUAAGGCACCAUCUCAUCACAAAGACAAGCCUCUUCCCCUUCCCCCAGCACUGCGUGAUCUCCCCCCUCCCCCUCCUCCAGACCGCCCCCACACCGCCGGGGCAGCCCCUGAUGGACGGCUUCAGAGGCGGCCCCUACCCAGCACACCCGGGGAGCCCCCUCGCGAUAAACUCCCUCCUACACCCCCAAACCGGCCCCUGUCUGACUGGACCUCCAGACCGGUUCCCAAGGCUCCCACCUCCUCUUCGUCAUCCUCUUCGGUAUCCUCUUCGUCCACCCAAUUCCCCUGUCUGGGCGGGGACCUCCGAGCAGGUGUCAGGGAACUCUCCAACAGGCACUCCCUCCCCUUGGCACUGCCCUCCUCCAUGGACUCUCGCUCAGACUCGCAGAACAACAGCUCCCUCAGUCUGGACCACCAGCUGAAUUUUUCCACCGGAGUUGGUCAAGAUUACGACAACCCCAGAGUCAAACCUUCGGUCUCAGCCAACGCCAUUUAUGCACUGGCAAACAGAGCGUCCCCAGCUACAGCCAGGCCAGCAGGAGGAGAUGAAGGACAUGACAGUGAUGAUGAGUACAUGAUCCCCUCUUCUCGGCCCGUUCUGCCCCCCAUCCCGACUUCACUCAUGGGGGAGACCCCACCAAUCCCAAGACCCCCACAGUCCGUGUCAGCAGUCCCGAUACAGACCCAGGCCUCUGCACUGAACACACGGCUGAUUCUGGACGAUGUACCUCAUUCACUCCAAAUGUAUGAAGCCAUGUUCAACGCCCAGCCCAGGUCACAACAAGCGAGAGAUUCAGACUAUUCAGAUUUGCCACCUCAACCAGUGAGUAACGGUCCCAGAGACCACGAGGCUGACGACGGGGAAGAGGAGGAGAACGGCUACGAUUUCCCCAAACCCAGACUGCCUUUGCCUCCCGCCCGACGGACCCUUUCAGAAAUGGGGGGGUCUUUGUCUUCAUCUUCUUCAUCCUCCUCAAUAUGCGCUGCAGCAGCUUUCAAUCGUCUUUCUCUAGAUGCGGAUGCAGGAGCAGCAGCAUCCUUCCCAGAUCCAAUGGAAGCACCAGAGAGACCUCCAAAGCCCCUUCCCAGACGAAUCAAUUCCGAGCGUCGGGCCAGCCCAGUCCCCCCCACUCCACUCGGCGGCGGGGCAACAGGAGGAGAAGCCAACCCACAAAUCAGUAGCGAGAUCGAGCACCUAAUGAGUCAGGGAUACACUCAGCACGACAUCCAGAAAGCACUGAUGAUUGCACAGAACAAUAUCGAGAUGGCCAAGAACAUCCUGCGCGAAUUUGUCUCCAUUCCCUCUACCGCGCACAUUCUCACAUAGCACAUCCUCCCGCCUCUCUCCUGUUUGCUCUCUUUUGCCUAGCUUGGCCCAGCCUGGUUUGGUUUAGGCUGGCAUAGACCAGCCCGAAACCCAAAGCCACUGCCUGCAGCACUAGCUCCAGUGCUGGCUGACACCCUACGCCCCUGUGGAUUUUUAACUGGCUGUUACUCCAGCAAGCUCGCAGUGUCUCGGGACUCUCGCCCUGCACUCCACGCGCUUUCACAGUGUCUGGCCUUCUUUGAACUGCUGCAGCCGGCCUCUUAGUUUUCAACAUCUCCGCAGGACUCAUCCCGUGCGGAGCAACAACAAAUAAUGGAACGCCGUAUAAUUGCAAGGCUUCCGUAGGAAUCUCGGAGAGACUGAUUCUUAUCCUUUCAUUUUGAAGCCUCUUGCUGAAAAUGUAACCAACACCUCACAAAUAAAACUAAAAUGUAUGUCUAUAUGAAAAUUUAAUAUAUGAGUAAAUAUAUAUUAAAUGUGUGUAAUAUAUACAGUACGUGCAUAUAUAGUAUGUGAAAAUGAUCGCAGCUUUGAGGGUCACGGUUGGUACAGGCGAAAAGGGCAGAUGGGACCAGGUUAAAGAGUCGGUCGGGAGAUUUCUGUGACGGGGUGAGGACGAGUCGGGGUGUCUUCCUCACUCGGGUUUGUUGGUCAGCAGCAGUUUGGGGGGAAAAAGAAAGAAAGAAAAAAAAAAAAAAACAUGCCGCAGAGCUUCUUCAUUUGGAAUUCAGUCUGUUAUGGCCUUCGAUUAACUGUUGCUUUGGUACUUUUUUGUUUUAGAAACCGUGCUUGUUUUGUCGUGUUGUUUUUUUUCAAAGUAGCAUGAAGAUGGUUUCAGGUCUGGACUGUUGCUGGCUCUGCGUGUGUGUGCGUGUAUGUGUGCGUACAUGUGUGCCUGCCUGCCAGACCUACACCUCAUGGCCUGCUCUUAAAACAAACCCCUGUUCCUGUACAACAUGAAUGUGGAAUUACACUCGGUGUACUCGAGACUCGUGCUCUGUAAACGUACUACUGCUCGAACUUGUAUGUCAGGGCCCAGUGUAGCUGUAGAGCCUGGCAGUGAGAUUAGAGGACGUACUAAUGUUGACGCCCCUGCAGUACCAGACAGGCUAGUGUUGCGUGAUCCGUGGCGGCUGAACGCCUUUUUUUUUUUUUUUUUUUUUUUUUUGACUAACUUCUUAGGCUGACUGGUUCAGAUUUCUAUCUCCAGCUCAGUCCGGUGUUACAAAAACAACAACAAAAAAAAGUCAUUGAUUUUACUUUGAUAAUAUAUUAUUGUAAUAUGAUCAUAAAUAUUGUUAUUAUAAUUAAUUCAGAAGUGCUUCACUGCUGCUACUGUUGUUAGUGCUAAACAAUUAAGCCUUCAAUGUACAAUUGUGAAUAUUGUGUUUAACCGUCAUUCUGCUUCUUUAAAGUGACAGUAUCAUGUGUUUCUCUAGUCCGUAAUGUAGCAUACUUGAAAGUACAAGCGACUUGUGAGCAUGCAGCUCUAUCAGGUCGCAAAUCUUCAGUGUUUUUCUUUUUUCUUUUCUUUUUUUCUUAACGUAUAUAUAAAUAUAAAAUAUACUCUCUGUAAGUAGAAGCUGUAGAGGAACAGUAAUAUCGCAAGCAAAAUGUUCUGGGCAUGGAAACCAGACGUUUUGCAACAGAUUCAAGCUUCUCUUUCACAUCGGUUUCCUUCCUCUGCAGGAGUUCGUCCCGCUGAAAGGGAGUGACUGCCGAGGCUUUUUAAUCGUAGGCUCAUGGGUUUGUUGGCCCACCCCCCCAAGUCUACAGAAAAUCAGUGUUUGGGCCGACUGUAAGAGCUAACUCAGGAAUAAUAAUGUAUGUCUGAACAAGUGGCGUUCACCCUGUCUGUCAAAAAAAAAAAAAAAAAAAAAAAAAAAAGCAAAAAAACCAGAAGAGACUCAUGUUGGCAUAGACAGCAGCUCACCUGUCCAGCUGUCUGUUCAUCCAGGUGACAUGUAGCCAAAAGUUUCCGCGUAAUGAAGUCACACAAGUAGCCUAUUACUCAUUUUUGUUUGUCAUAACUUGCACAUUAGUUUUUUUGUAUUAUUUCCAGUGUUUGCAGGUCUAUAAAGACAGCAGCUUCUUUUCCAGGUACUAAUUACGAAUGAAUUAUGAGGAAUUCAUCCAAGCAGCUUCUAGGUACACUGACUGAACCUCUCCCAGCAAAUGAAGAAUGUUUUUUGGGGGGUUUUCACCCACCCUGGGAGUGCGUGCAUCGUGUAAGUCAGCCCUGUCUUAUUCUGGGUGUCUCUGCGUGUUGACUGGAAGCUUUGUCUAUGCUGUCUCGCCCUCUUUUAUUUCAUUUUGGGGUCUUUUUUUUUUUUUUUACUCUUCCUAGUUGCCUUGAGAAACUUCUUGAAUGAUGUUUAAUGGACAGGAAGCUCCCCUCAUAUCCUCAAUACUGUACCAGUGUGUGUUUAUAUAUUAAGGAUGGCAUGUCAUUGUCAUGUAUUAUUUACUGUUGGUUUUGUUUUUGCACAUUAUACCAGUUUGUGCUUUGAUACUGUCACUCUAAAGAAAAGCAAAUUGUAUAGAGUUAGAUAUGAAAAGAGGAAAAAAAUGGCUGUUAUAUUUCAUUUUGCAUUCCUGUACAUGUAUUUUGUUCCAAAGGAUUUGUUUACUUAUGUGAAUAAUUCAGUGAGCAGUGCCAUCUGUUUUUGUUUUUUAGAUGUUUUUUGGAAGAGCGUUUGUUGGUAUAGAUGUGUACCUGUUGGUCUCCGAAGGCAAAAUGAUGCGGUAUUGCUUGUAUUAAUCUGUCCUCUAUGCUUCUUCAGCCUCAUCAGGCCUCAUUCAUGAGUAGCGAGCACUCAUCUGUGAAAGGACUCAGCUUUUUUUGUGUUUGCCUUUCCCUGAUCAGUGCUCAGACUCUGAGCUUGAUGCUAACCAGGGGUAUUUCAGUUAUCUGCCAGAAGAGGGAGCUGUUGUUCCACAUGGCUGCAUUGCUUCUCAACAGUAAAAAGCUUUUCUUUUUUUUUCUUUCUUUCUUUUUUCUUUUUUUAAAAAAAAAAGGUUUUUAAAGCUCAUAUCAAUUUGGACGUAUGCACAGUGCUGUUAAUAAAAUGACAAGCAAAAGCC